AUGAGCGCGGCCCCGGGCACCUCCCGCGCCCCGCAGCCGCUGCUCCGCUUCCCCGGCGGGGCGGGAGGACCGGGCGGCAGCCGAGCGCCGGGGCCGUGCCCCUGCCCCUGCCCGGGAGGCCCGCGGAAGCGGCGGCGGACCACGUUCAGCCGGGGACAGCUCUCGGAGCUGGAGCGGGCCUUCGCCGCCGUGCCCUACCCGGACAUCGCCACCCGGGAGCGCCUGGCCGAGCUCACCCAGCUGCCCGAGGCCAAGAUCCAGGUCUGGUUCCAGAACCGCCGAGCCCGCAGGAUCCGCAGCGCCAAACCGGAGCCACCGCCGCAGCCUCCACCGCUGCCCGGGGAGCGGGGUCCCUCCACAGCACCCCCCGACGGCACCACCCCGGGCCCGGCCCCCGACGUGCCUGCACCGGGAGCCCACAGCCCCGCUCCGGGCCUCCCCACCUCGCUGGGCUCCAUCUCCGACCUCAUCUACAGCGCGGCCAUCACCAACCUGGGCGAGCCCUAG